GCGCCCUCCCCUCAGCGCCCGCCGGCAGGCUCGGAGCCCCGGCUCCCUCCCCGCUAGGGGCCGGGCCCGCGGCCUCGCCCGGCUCGGAGCCGGGACCGGGCCCGCGCAGCGCGGAGCUGGCGGAGGGGCGAGCCGUGGGAGGAGAUGGAGCUUCUCUCCCUCAGGUUUUCUCCAAAGACGCUGCCCUUUUUCUUCAGGGACACUCCGGAAGCACACCACUGACGAGGCUGUGUGUCCCUGUGUGUCCCGGAGCCCGGGGGCUGCUGGAGGAGCAGCUCGGGCAGGUGCUGUUUUCAAAGCCCUUGCUGCAGGGCUGAGCUCGCCUUCUGCACUCUGGUGAGUGCUGCACCAUGGCUACUACCUCAGUGGAUAAUUCUGGUAGCUGUGAGAAGGGGCAGGUGGAGUUGAGCCAGAGUUCCAGGAGCUCUGUUUCUGACUACUCAGAAGAUACGUUUGAGUCCUUCAGUGAGGAGGAAGCCGCCUGCUGCCAGCGUGAGAGCGAACCACCUGAACUGUGUUGUUCUGUAGAGGAUGUAGAGUCUUCUGCCGUGUCGGAUGGGUUGGAAAGCACGUCAUGUCUAACAGGCCAAAAUCACACAGAUGAGCAGUCUGAAGUAGUUGGUUCUGCAGCUGUGGAAAGAUAUUUCGUGAGAAAAUGGAUGGAUGUUCUAAAAAAUAAAGAAGCUGCCAUUAAGCAAGGCAAAUCUGUCAGCAAAACUCAUUCUGAAGUUACUGAGUUACCAGAUGAAGAACUGGAUGCUCUCCGGUCUUUUUGCACCGUUAAGAUCAGAAGGAUGCAUCAGGGGCUGAUCUCUAAGCAGGCAAGUGGUGUCAGGUCAAGGAAGCUGCAGCAUGGAUUCACAUCAAAGAAAUCAGAGACAAGUGACUUGAACUGCACAGUUCCUGGUCAGUUAAUGAAUAGAAUCCGCCUGAAGAACAUCAGGGAGACCGUUAAACAGGUGACAGAAGCUCAAGUGCACCAAUCUUCACAGUGCCCUGACUGUACGAAGAAGGCGGCAGAGCUAGCCGAGAUCACCUUUCUCAGACAAAAGAAGGCACUAGUGGAAAGCGCUUUACUCCAGGAAAAAUUGGAAGAACAAAUUUAUUCCAGAGAUGCGCUUACACUUAUAGGAGAAACACUCAGAAGUUUUCCCAAACUUUCAGAGGAUCCCAGGAACUUAUGGCAAAGGCUGAAAGACAAAGCCUCGAAAGAUGCUUGCUGCUGUGUGGGCACAAAUGCACCCCACCUUUCUGACCAUUGCUGACAGCAAGAGCUCAUUGCAUUGUUCGUGCAGUGACCUUGUGGCCACUGGACUUGCACGAGUCACAGGUACUGACUUUCAUCAGUCUUCAGUUUCCUGAUUUCUGUGAAUUUAGAUCUCUUGAUGGCUGUGGAAAUCUUGAAGAAUAUCCUUGUCUAUGAACCAUGUGAAUAAAGGAUUUCACUGCUUAAUAGCUCAAUUAUUUUUUGCUAUGAAAAAUAGGAUAAAAACAUUUUAAAAACUUUUUUAGGCAAGAAUAUGUAUUGUUGAAGUUGGUUUUGUAUUUUAUAUCCUUUUAAUUAUUUUCUUGUAUAUGCUCAUAUUGUUUUAAGAGUGCUAGGGGGAUGUUUAGCCUCUUGUUUUCCCUUCCCACAAACGAAUGGAAAACCUAAAAAGAAAUGUUGGGAUGUACAAAUAGGCCACCUGUCUCAUAGCAGAUACCUGCUUUUUGGUGCUUAAAAACCUGUCUUGAAUGGGUUCAUCCUGAGCAGGUCAGGCCCAAUGUGAAAGCAAUGCAGCCUGGUGUUUCACAAAGCUGGUUGUCCUCACUGCUUCCUUUGCAGUUUAUUGUUGUCUUGUAAGCCGGUGGGUUUAGUAGUCCAUUGAAUAUUCCCCAAAGCUUGGCUUUAAUUUUUAAAUUGUCACCGCAGGUUGCAUAGCUGCUUAUAUAAUGAGAAAGCUCCUGCUUGGUUCUUCUCAUUACUCUCUGAUCAUCAGAAAUGUUUGAAUCCCUUAAAUCUCCUACCUUCCAAUAUUUUAAGCCUAUUCAUUUUAUAUUCCCCAUCUCUUCUCCUUAUUUAGCUUUGGACUACACUCCCUGUUUCUCUUGAAUCUUUCAAAGCCUCUUGUGAUGUGCUUAACGCUAGGUUAAAGACCCCCAGCAUUCGCUGUGAAUCCUCGUGAGGGCUGUCACAUACAGAAGUGGUAAUUGGGAGCUGAAUUCUUUGAAAAUGUAAUUUUGUUGUUAUUGCCAAAGAACACAUCUUUCAGCCCUUAGAAAAACAACAACAACAAAAAACAGUAAGUUCUGAGACUCUAAAGAUAAAUUGAUUAGUUUUAUAGGAAAAAAGAUAUCAUAAUAUUUUGCUUUUAGUACAUAGUUCCUUACUGAAAAUACUGAAAUAUUUAUUUCCAACUCUUUUGUCAAACCUUUAUGUAAAUACAUUGAAGUAUGAGUUAUUUGGACUAGUGUCUGAAAACAUUUGUGUCUGUAAAAUAGUAUUCAUACUCCCACUGCACAGAGGCUAUACAGUUCUUGUUCAUUUGCAUAAAUGUCAGAAAGGCAUCUCAGGUAGCUCCUCUGAAAAAGUCAAAGCGUAUUUUGCUCAUGUCUGUUGUGUGCCUUUUCCUACUGCUCACUACAGUUUCCAUUAUUUUUUUUUUUUAAAUUGAGAGUGACUCAGAUCUGAGUGUUUGUCUUCUGAUUUUCUUGUAGCAGCUAUUAAGGAUGUACAACAAAAUGAAUGAUCUGGGGCUCUAAAUAAUUUAUUUCAUAAUCCUGAAGUGCUUGAGACUAGAAAUCCAAAAAUUCUGAUGUGCAGGAUGUUGGGGGAAGUAGAUCAUGUCGCUUCUUUUUCUGCUCACAGGAGGUUCCCCCUUCUGUACCUUCCUCAGCAGUGGGUUUUUGGUUUGAUCCAAAGAAACACUGUAAAGCUAUGAUCAAGAAAUAUUUAUUAAUCUGCUCCCUUGUUGGUGCUUGCUGGGACAAAAGGAGUGAGGUGGAUCAAGGGUGAUUCGUAUGUUAAGCAGCUGAAGUACUGAAACAAAUUGAUCUGUCUAUUGUUAGAAGUCCUCUUGGAGCUUUUGCCUUCUAGCUUUCAUGCUACACAUAUUGGCAUUAGUUAAUCGGAAUGAUUUGUGAUGUGGUACAGCGUGUGAACUUCGCACAGCUGUGGAAGGGUUUUUCAUAUAUAUGUUGAUAUUAUAUAUAUGCUGAUAACUGGUUUUCAUUAUCCAAAUGGCCAGUAAGAAAGAUAGUAUAAAGUUUUAUUCCUCAAAUUACUGUUAGAAUCAGUUUCUUGCGGACUUUGGCAAUGUAAUUUCCACUUUGGCUUGCCCCAGAUUUCUCUGAGGAAAAACUGAACCUGGCUUCCAGGCUCAGUCAUGCCUUAGUCUUGUUCCCAACCAUCUGUUGGGGAACAGGCCUUUGUACUUGUUUCUCCCCCAGAAUCUCACUCAAAAUAGGUUACUAGAGAAAUAGAGAUUUCCAGUUACCUGUGAAAUAUGUAGUCACCAAAUGGUUGAGGUGGGAAGGGCAUCAUACCCACCCACGGCUUGAGCAGGGUUAUGUAGAGCAGGUGGGCCUUGGUCCCACUGGCCCAGUAAUCCUUACAUUAAUCUCGAAUCUUUUCUUUGAAGCUAUACUAGAAACUGAAAUGCUUCAGGCUCCCUUGGAGCCACUGCCUUUUCAUAAAUCCAUCUACUUGUCAUAAUUCUGUUGCGUAGCGAGAAUUUUUUGUCUUUAAGCACAGCCAAUUUGAUCAGCUUCCAAGAAGAGGAUCUGAACCCUUUUAUUCGUACUGGGAGCUUGACAAAAACUGAACUGGUGGCCUUGAGGAUGAGUUUUGCUGCUGGAAGGGAUCAUGUCUCUCUGUGAAGCUGUUAGCUGACACAGUACCCAGAUUCUUCUUCACUAAAAAUCUGAAUUGUUGCUUUCAUGCGACUAUUCUAAAUUAUGUAUGUGGGUAUGAAGAAGAGUGCUUUCAGCUGUGUAUUUUUAAAACAUUUGGAAAUAUACUUGUGUUCUUUAGAUUGUGAUUUUAUUAAUACUCCGUGUGAUUUUCAGAAAACUACUUUUUAUUGUCUCUACUCAAUAAGAACUAACCUAGAUGCUAGCUAUAAUAUAUGCAAAUUGCUACUGCAUGCAACAGAGUUGGUGUUCUGAAUGCCACUGUUUAAAAAAAAAAAAAGGGAGUGGGGAAUACAUCCAAUAAUCUUAUGAAUACUAAGUUUGCAUUGUUUUCAUGCAACUAGCUAACUGUUCCUUUUUGCUGUGCAACUAAGCUUCUGGAGAUCUUCGUCAGCACCACCAGCAAUGUGAUCUGUGGGGGAGGCUGGGACAAGGGGGGCGUGUUUUCCUGCUGUCAGUAAGGUACGAGCUCCUCUGUCAUUCAAAGUGUCUAUAGAAUUGGUCAGGGUGCCUUAAAAAAACAUUAUCCAGCAUCUAGGCAUGGAUAUUCAUUGCUUAUUUAUACAUUUAUUUAUUUUGUAAUAAAAUAGUACCGUUUGUUCUCACAUAGACUCGUGUAUGAUCCAUAAAUACGUUGUAAAAUAUAUCUGUAGCAUGUAACAGAAUCCUUUAGAAUACUCUGUGAAAACUCAUAUUUUUAGUUGAUAGCACUUUAAGAACAUUUACAUCCUUCAUCUUGACAUUUUUAAAUAAAACAUUUUUUGCCUACAGAAGUAAGUUUACAGCAUCAUCACAGUAUUAUAGCUUGUUUAAAAAUACAUAGAGCAUCAAUGGUAAUUGCAAGCAAGCUGUAUACUUGAGCAGGGUUUUUGUAAUUUUACAUGUUUUGUACUUUUUAAAACGAUUACAUAUAUUAGUAUUACAUCCAUCACUCUGUUAGAAAAUAUUACUUAUAUAUGCUACUCACAAUAGAGCUGUCAUUUUCUGUGACGUAUUACAGGCUAUGAAAAUAGAAACACACCAUUGUAUGGUUGGUUUAAAAAUAAUUACAAGCCUAGUUAAAAAAGUGCAUUAGGCUUGCUCUUGGUAAGAUAGGUUCCACUAACGUUGGAUGUCCUUAAUCCACUUGUGGUUGGAAUGCCACUAGCACCUCUCAGCACUGAACGUUCAGUGAAAGAAAGACUGACUUACUGCCUGCUAGCAAAUCUGGGGCUUGAUCCUGCACACUUUCUGCACAUACCCCUUGCUGAAGACACGGAGAGCUCUUCAGCUACAGACCUUCAGCACCAGGCUGCUACUCGCUGAACAUCUGUGAAUCUGAUUUACUGAAGACUACAACUGGGUUUCAAAAUCUUCAACCAGAUGAUCGGAUCAGUGCGAGACAACACAACAUCAUUGAUUUUUAGCAGCUGUGUUGGCAGCAUUAACCAAAAUCUGACCCUUUGCCUUCCAUGGGCCUCUGGAUUUUUGAAAGGAUGGGAGUACUAGAUUUUAAUUUAUGGUUUCAGUAAUACAAUAGAGAUUAAAAAUACAUGAUUGUGUUGGUUUUGCUUUGCACAAAUGAGACUAAAUAUAUAAAUAUAUAUAAUAAAGCUGUAGGAAAUCUCCAAACUGCUAACAACUCUUAGAAAUGAGAUAAAACAAGGAUAUAUUUGCUUGGAAAUUUCAUAGUUGCCAUUCUUUUUAUUAUUUUCAGGUAAUGCAAGAAUAUUUUGUGUUGGAUUUUUUUUUUUUAUGAAACAAGUCCAGGAGUACUUUGAAAAAUGCUCUUUUCGUGGUCUUUCUGAU